AUGGCAGAGUUUGCUGUUUACUCUGUAAUACAAAUCUUGAGUUCUUUGCUCGUCCAAGAAAUCAAGUUGUUGGGAAAUGCAAAACAAGGAGUUGAAGACAUCAAACGUGAACUGGAGAGCAUCAGAUCUUUACUCAAGGAUGCUGAUACAAGAGCUGCACAAGAAGGAGAAACAGGGAGCAGUGAAGGUGUCAAAACUUGGGUGAAACAAUUGAGGGAAGAAGCUUUCCGGAUUGAAGAUGCUAUCGAUGAGUACACAAUGACGGCGGCAAGACUUCCUCAUGGCAGAAGUCUCCUUGGUUACAUUCAUAAAUCAUGCUACUUAAUAAAGAUUGUAAAACUGCGACAUGAAUUCACCACCGAGAUUAAAGAUAUCAAACUAUCACUUGCCGAAAUACGACGAAGAGGAGAAAUCUACAGCUUCAGGUACAUAGAUCAAGGGUCAGGCAGUGCAGGGACAAAUGUUAUACCUCAUGACUCCAGAGUUGAUUCCUUUUUUAUUGAAGACGCUGAAGUUGUGGGUAUUGAAUCUACUAAAGAAAAAUUGAUUUCUUUAUUGGUGGAAGGAACAUCCAAUAUUCGCUUAGUGAUUGCAAUAGUGGGUGAAGGAGGACUAGGCAAAACCACUCUUGCCGGGAAAGUUUAUAACAACGAUGCAGUGAAGAAGCAUUUUGAUUGCCAGGCUUGGAUCACAGUUGGGAAAGAAUACUUGAAGAAAGAUUUACUAAGGACAAUUUUACAGGAAAUUUACCGUUUAACAGGGUCCACUCUAAUGGAGGUAGACAAAAUGGAAGAGAUGGAUUUGAUCAUGAUGUUGAGGGAACACUUAAAGGAUAAGUGUUACAUGAUUGUGUUCGAUGACGUGUGGAAAAUUGAAUUUUGGAGAGACGUAGAGCAUGCUUUGCUUGAUAACAAAAAGAAAAACAGUAGAGUGAUGCUAACGACACGGAAUAAUGCCAUUGCUGAAUUCAUACCGUUCUCGAUAGUUCAAAUUCACAAGCUUGAACCCUUGUCUUCAGAGGAGGGAUGGAAACUUUUUUGCAGAAAGGCAUUUGGCUCUGAUGACUCUUGUCCUCCAAACCUGAAAGAAUUAUCAGCACAUAUCAUUGGAAAAUGUGGAGGUCUACCCCUAGCAAUUGUUGCGAUAGGUGGACUUCUCUCAAGAAAAAACAAGAUUGUUUCUGAAUGGAGAAAUAUACUUGAUGCUUUGGGCUCAAAAUUAAGUAAUGAUUCCCAUUUUAAAGAUUGCAACAAAGUUUUAUCUGAAGGUUAUUAUGAUCUCCCUCACCAUCUCAAAUCAUGUCUCUUAUAUUUUGGUGUGUUUCCAGAAGGCUAUGAAAUUAGAUUUGGAAGAUUAAUUCGCCUCUGGAUAGCUGAAGGCUUUGUCCAAUGCAACAACCACCUUCCAUCUGAGCAUGUUGCAGAAGAAUACUUGAAAGAACUUAUUGAUAGAAGCUUGGUUCAAGUUUCAAAGAGAAAAGCUUCUGGACGAGUUGCAAGUUGUAGAGUUCAUGAUCUGAUGUAUGAGAUCAUUUGCAGAAAGAUGAAGGAAUGUGAUUUUUGUCAUUUCUUUAAUGAAAACAACUUGAGUUAUUUUAGUAAAACUCGGCGUAUUUCAAUACACAAAUGCACUAAUGGUGUUUUAGAGAGCACAAAAAAUUCAAAGAUCCGUUCCAUUUAUCUUUUUAAUGUAGACAAAUUGCCUGAGUCUUUCAUGACUACAUUUGUUGCUGAUUUCAAGCUUUUAAAGAUACUUGAUUUUGAAAAUGCCCCUUUGGAUUGUCUUCCUGAUGGAGUCGGAAAGCUCUUCCAUUUGCACUACUUAAGUUUGAGAAAUACAAAAGUUAAAGAACUUCCCAAGUCCAUAGGCAUGCUUCUCAACUUAGAGACUCUUGAUUUGAAGUGGACUUUUGUGAGUGAGCUCCCAGUUGAGAUCAAGAAUUUGAAAAAAUUGUGUUGUCUAAUUGUAAGACGCUGGGACGACAAAGGUCCUUACGGAAGUAAAGCAAAAAUACAAGAAGGUUUUGGGGCUUUAACAGAGUUGAAGAAGCUAUGGUAUGUGCAUACAAACACUGAAGUACUUGAAGAGCUUAGGAAACUAAGGCAGAUGAGAAAGUUGGCCAUUAGGGUCACAAAUAGAGAUGUGAAGGAUUUGUUUGCUAUUGUCCAGAAUAUGGAAAGCCUUGAAGAUUUGAGUGUAUCAGCGUUUACAAGUGGACAAGUGCCUCUUGAUAUACAAUCCUUGGCUUCUCCUCCUUUAUGUCUUCAGCAGUUUCAUUUGGGAAGGAUAUUUAUUGAAAGUCUACCAGUUUGGAUUUCUAAACUUCAGAAUCUAAUCCGAUUACAAUUGGAUUUGGUUGGAUUUACCAAUGAUUCCAUGACAAUCCUUCAAGCUCUGCCUAAUUUAUUGGUGUUUAUUCUCUUUGUAGAUGACUGUAGUGAACAAUUACAUUUCAAAGAAGGUUGGUUUCCAAAGCUCCAAUACUUGUAUCUCAAGAACUUCAAAGGAUUGAAAUGCAUGAUAAUAGAGAAAGGUGCAAUGUCUAGUCUUACAGACCUGUGGAUUGGACCAUGCCCAUUGUUGAAGGAGAUUCCAACUGGAAUUGAGCAUCUCAAUAACCUAAAGAUACUUGUAUUUCUUAUGAUGUUGAAGAAGGUUUAUUACAUGAUAAAAAAUGAGAACUGGGAGAAUGUCACUAAACACAUUCCACAAGUACGUGUCACUGUCAGCUAUAAAGAGAUAUCUAGAAGAGAAUACUUUUUUUACACUUGUAAAGAUUUGUCAUCUCUUUCGGCAGAAGAUUUUGAGAAGCUUAUUGAAGAAAAUGAGGCUGAAUAA